UGUGUCCCAAACCGUGGAUCAAUGUGUACUUGGUGUUCAUCUUCUUGCGCAUGCGUUAUGUACCAGAUGGCUCAAUCGGCUAUUUUAACACGCUAAAAAACUGAAUGUGAUUUCCAGAAGAUGGCGACCGCUCUGGUGGUGUCAACUUCAGUUCCUGCAAAUCCUGAAAAUGAAAAAUGCGAAACAACCAUUUCAAAGGUUGUAAGUCCUGAAGCAUACAUCAAGCACCCAUUACAAAACAAGUGGGCUCUUUGGUUUUUCAAGAAUGACAAAAGCAAAACAUGGCAAGCCAAUCUUCGUCUCAUCUCCAAAUUUGACACUGUGGAAGACUUCUGGGCAUUAUACAAUCACAUUCAGCUAUCAAGUAACUUGAUGUCUGGCUGUGACUACUCGCUGUUUAAGGAUGGUAUUGAGCCCAUGUGGGAGGAUGAACGUAAUCGACGAGGUGGCCGCUGGCUGAUAACUCUGUCCAAGCAGCAGCGUAAAGCAGACCUGGAUCGGUUCUGGUUGGAGACGCUCUUGUGUCUUGUGGGUGAAGCUUUUGAUGGCCACAGUGACGAUGUGUGUGGAGCCGUCAUUAACGUCCGAGCCAAAGGAGAUAAAAUAGCAAUAUGGACAACAGACUACGAAAACAAAGAGGCCAUCACACACAUAGGGCGUGUGUAUAAAGAGCGAUUAGGCGUUCCACCGAAAGUGAUCAUCGGAUACCAGUCACAUGCAGACACGGCCACAAAGAGCGGCUCCACAACCAAGAACAAGUUUGUUGCCUGAGGACCGUUAACCAGAAUCAUCGACAAUGUUUUCUUCUGUUGCCAGCAAUUUUUCCAUGAAUGUAGCUGACAUGUUUAUCCACUAAAACAUUUGAAGUGGAGAUAAAAUUUCUUUCUGUUUGCGUAUUGGUUGCCACAUUAACAAUGCUUUUGUUUAUGGUGAGAGUAUGUGCAGUUAAAAUGUAGCACUAUCAUUUAAGAACUUUAUUAUUUUUGUGGUGGUGGGCUGAAGAUGAGUAAAAUAUGUUGUGAUGCCCUGAUUUAAUUUUCACAUGCAACUGCAUAUUUAUGGAGAAUUUAUUUUAUUUAUCAAGCCCUUAGUGUAUAUCAAUAAUUUCUUUUCUUAAAGUACUCUAACAUUAAAGGCAAAAAACAAAGUAAAACAUUUUCUACUUUGGUGUAAACUGUAGCUUUUUGUUAGUGCUGUACAUGCCACUCAGCCAGUUUACAGUAUAAAUGUAUGGAUUUAUUGCACAUUUAGUUGCACAGUGGAAUUUUUAACCAUACAUUGUGAUUUAACCCACAUCUUCUGAGAGUGAACUGAACUAACAAAUUGAUUGGAACCUUUUGUAUUCAACCUGUUUUCAUAGAGGCCGAGAAUGUUUUGUUCUUUGUGCAGUUGUUUUUCAGUUUGACAAAUUAUUUAAUAUAGUAUAUAGCACCAUAAUUAUAUAUACUUAUGGUGCUUCAUAAUGAGUGUCUAAAUAUUUUGAAGUUGACUUAUUUGACACUUAAGGGUAAACUACAAAUUUCCCACCAAAAUGGACCAGGAAGCAUAGUUAAUCCUAUGUAGUACCUCAGAUUUAUCACUUGAGCAAAUGCAGUAUAUAGAUGCUAGCCGUUCAUACCUUAGCUGUUAGUAUACUUUUUCUCUUAUACAUCUCUGGAGUUUUGAGUUUCAGAGCACAGAAAGGUGUCAGGGAUGAAAACUGCAUUUUGUAUCACAGUAUGUCUUUAUUGAGGAGGAUAUUUUCCAAAAAUACAUAUUGUUGGGUGUCUAUUUUUUUUUUCUUGCACAAGCCAUAUUACAGGGUACGGUGUUCAGUUAAAAAGUUUACUUAAUUUGUUACAAGUUUUGUUGAUCCAGUGCUUUGAUGAAGUUUACAUAGUAUGAUUAUUUCCAUUCCAGAUUUUGUUUUGUAUGUGGCAUAAACAGAAAUUGCAUUGUUUGGAGGUAUUGAACUGUGCCUUGAAUGUAACACCCUGCCCCAUAUCUCUGAGCAGUAAAUCGUACAAAGGAGUGAUGUAAAUAAACAUGUACAGUGUG